AUGGGAGUGCAACCUGUAGAGUCAGAUUUUCAAGGUCCAUUACCCCCUAAUACUGUAGGUUUACUGCUUGGUAGAUCGUCUUCAGCAUUGAGAGGAUUGACUAUUACUCCAGGAGUUAUAGAUUCUGAUUAUACAGGCACCGUAAAAGUUCUUUGUUCAUCCCUGAAAGGAAUUAUUGCCAUUUCACCUGGGGAUAGGAUAGCUCAGUUAUUGGUUAUUCCUAGCCUCCAUAAACAAUUCCCUUCUGGUGAGCAAAUUAGAGGGAACAAAGGACUUGGCUCUACAGGAGUUGAUUUGACAUAUUUAUCCAUGGAAUUAGAUGAGAGACCAAUUCUACAGCUUACUAUUGAGGGAAUACAUUUUCAGGGAUUGCUGGAUACAGGAGCUGACCGAAGUAUUAUUGCAAUUAAUGCUGUGAAGAAUUUAGAAGUAGCAGGUCUUAUUAAGGAUACUAGUCCUGUUGCUGUACAUUUAUCCAAGCUGCAACGUUUAAUUUGGUCUCGGACUAACCCAUUUUUUAUUCAACAUAUUAGAGCUCAUUCUAUGCUCUCUGGUCCCAUGGCUGUUGCCAAUGAUCUUGCCGACAAAGCCACAAGAGCCUUUUUUCUACUCUCUUCUGAUACCUUGUCUAAGGCUCAUAAUUUUCAUAACUUGUAUCAUGUCUCCUCUGCAGUGUUACGCAAAAAAUUUCAUAUUUCUCGGGCCAUGGCACGUGACAUUGUCGUUAAUUGUCCUGCUUGCGUCCCUUUCUUGCAUUCUCCUCAUGUUGGCAUUAAUCCCCGGGGACUACGUUCGGGAGAACUUUGGCAAAUGGAUGUUACUCAUAUCUCAUCUUUUGGCAAAUUGCAAUAUAUUCAUGUGUCUAUUGAUACUUGUUCAGGAAUUGUUCAUGCUUCUCCCCUUGCUGGUGAACGUACUCACCAUGUUAUUACUCACUGUCUGGAGGCCUGGGCAGCUUGGGGUAAGCCCCGUGCAUUGAAGACGGAUAAUGGACCUGCGUAUACUGCUAAAAGUUUUCGUCACUUUUGUGACGCUAUGGGAGUAGUGCAUACCAUUGGCCUUCCUUAUAAUCCCCAAGGAUUGCCAAUCAGAAGGUUCCACCAUGUGCUGGCAUUGAUUUUUGCCUUGGAAGAUGUUAACCAUAACUCCCAGCUACUACACAAUGCAUCAUUGAAAUUGCAUUCCAUUUCUAAGAUUUGUCAGAGUUCUUCAUUUUAUGCUGGUGAAGAUAAACUUCCACAUGAAGUGAGGGAUUCUCCCAACUAUAUGUGUGAGCAGAAAGCAUGUCAGAUAGCACUUACAGGACCCUCAUGGGCAGGAUCUGCCAGCCUAGGGCCACUCAUGCAGCUCUAUGUAAGGCCACAGAUUUCCUAUGGACCAUUUCAUAUUAUACUUAGUGACUGGGAGAAGUUUCCUUAUUUGUAUCAGGUGGCCCCCAAGGAUGCAAACCUGCCACUUGCCAUGGUAUCCUUGAUGUAUCAUUUCAGAUGGGCAUGGGUAGAACUGGUUAUAUCAGAUGAUGACCAAGGUUUUCAAUUUCUAUACAACAUGAAAGCAGAAAUGAAAAGAUAUGGUAUCUGUUUAGCCAAUGUAAAUAUGAUCCCAGCAAAUAUGAAUAUGUACUUGAUAAUGAUUAAAGUGUUGAUUAAUACAAUCUUCACAUCCUCAGCAAAUGCUGUUGUCAUUUAUGGUAACAUUCAUGUUAUUCUGGAAGUGGGAUUUUUAAGAUGGGAAUGUUUAGACCCACAGAGAAUCUGGGUUACCACCUCACAGUGGGAUCUCAUGCCAUGUGAGGUAGAGCUGAUCCCUGACUCAUUCUGUUGGUCUUUUAUGUUCUUACACCACCAUGGUGACAUUUUUAGUAUAAAAGCUUUUAUCCAAACAAUGAAAUUCUCCAAACAUACAGAAAACUUUAAUUCUGUAAAAUCAAAGCGGAUGAGUUUUAAUUGCUGUCUCUCCAAAUCCUACUAUAAAGCACUGAAUAACUAUUCUUCCAACCCUUCACUGGAGUGGUUUUCAAGGCACAGAUUUGACAUGGCCAUGGAUGAAGAGUGUUACAACAUCUACAAUGCUGUAUAUGCUGUGGCCCAUGCCUUCCAUGAAAUGAUUCUUCAACAAGUAGAUUCUCAGAGGAUAGGAAAUGAGUUUAUGAAAAGUGGUUCAUGCACUAAGGUACAUGCUUUUCUGAAGAACAUGCACUGUACUAGCCCUAUUGGAGAUGUAGUGAAUAUGAACCAGAUAGGACAAGAAAAUGAUGAGUAUGAUGUCUUCAACGUUUGGAAUUUCCCCCAUGGUAUUGAUCUGAAGAUGAAAAUAGGACAGUGUUCCCCACAUUUUCAACAUGGUGAGCAGUUGUAUUUAUUUGAAGACAUGGCACAGUUGGACACAGGAAGGAGACAGAUCCUGCCUUCAGUGUGCAGUGUGCUGUGUCCUCCUGGGUUCUGGAAAUCCUGUCAGGAGGGACAAGCAGCCUGCUGUUUCAAUUGCUAUUAGUGCCCAAAAAAUGAGAUUUCCAAUGAGACAGACAUGGAGCAGUGUGUGAAGUGUCCAGAUGAUCAGUAUGCCAGUGUAGAGCAAACCCAUUGCCUGCAGAAAUCUGUGACCUAUCUGGUUUAUGCAGACCCCUUGGGGAUCACUCUAUCCUGCCUGGCCCUGGCCUUCUCAGCACUCACAUGUCUUGUUCUUGGGGUGUUUUGGAAGCACCAAGACACUCCCAUCGUGAAGGCCAAUAACCGCACCCUCAGCUACAUCCUGCUCAUCACCCUCAAAUGCUGUUUCUUCUGAUCCUUGCUCUUCAUUGGACGUCCCAACACUGCCACCUGCAUUCUGUAGCAGAUCACAUUUGGAGUUCUCUUCACUGUGGCUGUUUCCACUGUCUUGGCCAAAACAGUUACUGUGGUCCUGGCCUUUAAGGUCACUGCUCCAGGAAGGAUGAGGGGACUGCUGUUAUCAGGGGUACCUAACUUGAUCAUUCUCACCUGCACCCUGAUCCAGCUUAUUUUCUGUGCAGUGUGGCUGGGGACCUCUCCUCCCUUUAUUGACACAGACGCACACUCUGAACAUGGACACAUCAAUAUCGUCUGCAACAAGGGCUCAGUCACUGCCUUCCACUGCAUUCUGGGAUACCUGGGAUCUGUAGGCAUAGUGAGCUUCACUGUGGCUUUCUUGGCCAGGAACCUGCCUGACACCUUCAAUGAAGCCAAGUUCCUGACCUUCAGCAUGCUGGUGUUCUGCAGUGUGUGGCUUACCUUCCUCCCUGUCUACAAAAGCAGCUAUGGGAAAUUCAUGGUGGCUAUGGAAGUCUUUUCAAUCUUGGCUUCCAGUGCUGGGCUAUUGGGCUGCAUUUUUGUCCCUAAGUGCUACAUUAUUUUACUAAGACCAGACAGAAUUGCUCUUCACAAGAUCAAGGAUAAAACCAAUUCUUGA